GGCCACAAGACUAGAGUAGGAAAAUGUACCAUUGUUUUCGGGGGAUCAUCCAUAUACGAACGGACCGUCAAAACGCAUGCGCUCCAUGACCGACUGAAUGGUUAUCCUCUCUACGUCCUUCGGCAGACCAUCAUGGACGACGUCUGGUCGAAGCCAGCAUACAUACUAUCACUUCUGCUGCGAGAAUUGGCUAAACCACAGGAAGAGCGACUCGAAUGGCUUCUCUGGGUCGAUGCAGAUACGAUCAUGCUGAACCCAUAUGUGCCUCUGGAAAUCUUCUUGCCACCGUCGCCGCAGUUUGACGACGUACACCUUCUGGUGACCAAUGAUUGGAAUGGUCUGAAUAAUGGCGUGUUCCCAGUCCGAGUCAACCAAUGGGCUGUUGAGCUGUUUUCUGCCAUCGUCUCUUCUAGAUAUUACAAGCCAGACCAGGACUUGACAUUCCGGGACCAAAGUGCCAUGGAUACAUUGUUGAAAGACAAGAAGUUCGCGGCGCACACGGUCGAAGCUCCUCAGAGGUGGUUCAAUGCCUACCAAGGCGAGCACAACGAGACCUUGGCACCCUACCAAGUCCGACGAGGCGACUUUCUAGUGCACUUUGCUGGUGUCAUUAACCGAGACGAAAGAAUACUGUUCUGGCUCGAACGCGCCGAGCAGCAUUUACCAGACUGGGAGAUGGAGGUGCAGCAUACAUCUUACCCCGCAGAAGUCAAAGACUUCUGG